UAGUCAACUACUGUAUAUAUAUUUAUACAUAUUUUAAUAUACUCGAAGUAUCCAAUAUUGCGGUGAAACUAUUCAUUCCCUCUCUCGGUAUAUUUAUCACAUAGACUUGUCACACUCGAUACCAAGCAAGGCAUACGAAAAAUAUGAUAUAUCCCGGAUUUUCUACUUCACCUAAUAUGCAAAGUCCGGUGUUACCUGUAUCGUCUGAUAUUCAACCAAAUAUGCUUUUUCAAAAGUCUAAACCUGAGUGCACGAGGAAUAGUUUAGUUGAGACUUCAACUAAGAAUAUGUUCAACAUGACGCCCUCUACUCUGGUGAUGGGUACAAUUGACUGCUCAGUCCAAACAGCAAGAUCAUUGUCAGACUUUGGACUAAUCUGUCACCACACUAUACCUAAUGUACAACACGUCACACCGGAACAUAUUUUCGGUCUUCCAAAGAGUGUGGUGCGUAGGCAAAAUUUCAACGAGGUAUUGCCACAACGACGUGUCACAUUCAACAAAGACCUAAGCAUCAUACCGGGAUACGCCACCACUAAAUACGAUAGGAGGAAUCCAGACUUCAAGAGCACGGACAAGCACUUGAAAAUGUACAGAAGUCUCAUGAACUUUAAAAUACGAGAAAUGAUAUCCCACAAAGAAUCCGUGUGCAAUAUAAACCGCCAUCUCAUAAAGGCAGAUGCAGAACAACUGAAGAUAAGGACCGAAAUACUCGAUAAUAUCGUUCGUGACUGGCAUCAGGAUCAACUUCAACUUAAGAGGAUUGAUUGGGGGCAGUAUAUCGACUGUAAAUCAAAAGACUAUGUAGAUUGUACAUGUUGAUUUUUCAAAAGUGCCCUAAUAAAUUAUUUAUCUGUAUUCGCACACUAUCUAUCGUCGUUGAAGUUCAUGUAUUGAAAUUCAGUCUGAACACCGCGAAAAUUAUUAAAAUAUUACUCAG